GUGCUUUGGGCGCAGAGAUCGUCCGCCACGGAGUCGGCAAAGAACGUUCUCUACUUGACGGUGAAGAUUGCAGACACCAAGAACCUGAGGGUGGAUCUCCAGGCGGAGCACCUCCACCUGGAGUCGGACUCUGAGGACUACGACAACCACUAUGUGUUGGACAUUGACUUCUACAAGGCUGUGAAGCCUGAGGAGUCCCGCCAUUGGCAGAACGGCAACAGCGUGUACUUUGUGAUCCAGAAGCUCAACGCUGAGAAGGAGUACUGGCCACGUUUGACCAAGUUGAAGGUGAAGUACUUCUACAUCCACACGGACUUUGACAAGUGGGUCGAUGAGGACGAGCAGGAUGAGGAGGAA